UCCUUGAAGAUCUCGAAUGCCACCUUUUGUUGAACAUCUCGAAUAGCAUCAUGUUCUAACCAGAUGGCUAGAGGGGAUUUAUGGACAAGAAGUUAUCAAUGAAAUUAAAUGGUGGCAGACAUGUCCAAGGAAUAUUGCAGGGACUUGAUCCCUUUAUGAAUCUUGUGAUAGAUGAAUGUGUGGAGAUGGCGACUAGUGGGCAACAGAACAAUACUGGAAUGGUGGUAAUACGAGGAAAUAGUAUCACCAUGUUAGAAGCCUUGGAAUGA